CACCUCAUCUCAACCAUCUUUUUCUCUUUAUUCACUCUCUCUCUCUCUCUCUCUCUCUUUCUCUCUCUCUUUCUGAGCUUUUUCAUUUUUUUCAUCUCCCUCUUCUUUUUCUUAGAAAACAAACCCAAAAAAAAAAAAAAAAAAUUAAAUACAUAAAUUAAAAAAAAUAAAAAAAGUAAAAAUCCAAAAAAUGUUGUGGGAGUCUUGUUAUCUUUUCAUACCAAGAACUGGGUUUUCCUCAGUUCAAAGCUUCGAAAUCUUUUUCUCUCUCCUCCUGUUCGUUUCCAUCAUAUCUUUCUGUUUCUCUCCCGGAGGUCUUGCUUGGUCUCUGUCCAAAUCUCGAGUCCAAGUCAAGACUCGAACCGCCAUUCCCGGACCUUCUGGUCUUCCUCUUCUCGGUUCGGUUUUUGCUUUCACAGGCUCUUUAACUCACAGAGUUCUUGCCAAGCUUGUUAAAACUCACAAAGCCAAGUCAUUAAUGGCAUUCUCUGUUGGUUUCACUCGUUUCGCUAUCUCGAGUCAGCCCGAAACAGCAAAAGAGCUUCUAAACAACUCCGCUUUUGCCGAUCGACCCGUUAAGGAAUCGGCUUACGAGCUUCUCUUCCACAGAGCAAUGGGUUUUGCUCCUUUUGGAGAUUACUGGAGAAAACUAAGGAGAAUCUCAGCUACCCAUUUGUUCAGCCCAAAGAGAAUCGCUUCUUUGGCCGGUUUUCGGGGAGAUAUUGGUAUGAAAAUGGUUGAAAAAAUGAAGGAGUUGAUGGAGAGAAAUGGAGAGGUUGAAGUUAGGAAGGUUUUGCAUUUUGGGUCUUUGAAUAAUGUUAUGAUGAGUGUGUUUGGAAAAAGCUAUGAGUUUGGUGAUGAGGAUGAUCAUGAAGGAAUUGAGCUUGAUGGGUUAGUGAAGGAAGGGUAUGAUUUGCUUGGGAUUUUCAAUUGGAGUGAUCAUUUUCCUUUACUGGGUUUCUUGGAUUUGCAAGGGGUGAGGAAAAGAUGCAAGAAACUGGUUCUCAAAGUGAAUGAUUUUGUUGGCAAAAUCAUUGAAGAACAUAGGGCGAAAAGGGGUAGUAAUCAGAAUGUAAGAAGGAACUUUGUUGGUGGUGCUGGUGAUGAGAACGGUGAUUUUGUUGAUGUUUUGCUUGAUUUAGGGAAGGAAAAUGGAUUCACUGAUUCUGAUAUGAUUGCUGUUUUGUGGGAAAUGAUUUUCAGAGGGACUGAUACAGUUGCAAUCCUCUUGGAGUGGAUACUUGCAAGAAUGAUUCUCCAUCCGGAAAUUCAAACCAAGGCACAGUUGGAAAUUGACACCGUCGUCGGUAAUCACCGAUCGGUUUCGGAUUUGGACCUCCCUAACCUCCCUUACAUCCAAGCCAUAGUGAAAGAAACACUUAGAAUGCACCCACCAGGUCCACUCCUCUCAUGGGCUAGGCUUGCCAUCCAUGACACACAUAUAAGCGACCACUUCAUUCCGGCUGGCACGACCGCCAUUGUUAAUAUGUGGUCGAUAACUCACGACGAGCAGAUCUGGUCCGAACCGAAUGAGUUCAACCCGGAAAGAUUCAUCAAGGAAGAUGUAUCCAUUUUGGGGUCCGAUCUCAGGUUAGCUCCUUUUGGUUCUGGAAGAAGGGUUUGUCCUGGUAAAGCUAUGGGAUUAGCUACUGUUGAGCUUUGGGUUGCUCAGUUGCUUCAGAGCUUCAAAUGGACGCCUUCAAAUUCUGGGGUUGAUUUGUCUGAGAUCUUGAAACUUUCCAUGGAGAUGAAGCACUGUUUGGUUUGCAAGACUUUUCCUAGGGUUUAAAUUCCUAAAUUUCUUCUUUGUUUGGCUUUUGUUUGUUGUUGUUAUAAUCCAUGAUUUUGCGAUCUUGCUAUUUGGGGAUUUGGGGUCAUAUCAUCUUGUAUGAUCACUCUUUAUCUGGCUGCUGGUUGGGGUUUGGUUUUAGGUAUAAAAAAGGGUUCUCCAGUAUGUAUACUUUUACAUGAAAACCUAGAACUGUUAUUUUGUUUAAUUAGCAAGAAGUUUGGGUUUUGUUGUGGGAAUGCUAGGUUGUUAUAAUAUGGUGUUUUGAGUGGCAGUGGAAGUUUUUGUUUAAAUGUAAAAUAUUUUAAUUUUUAUCUUUUAAUGGUAAGUUCUGUUUUCAAUA